GGUGGCGGCCAUCGCCCUGCUGGUCCUUCAGAGUGAAGAGGACGCCUUCUGGUGUCUGGUGGCGGUGGUGGAGGCCGUCAUGCCUCAGGACUACUACACCACCAACCUGGUGGCCUCUCAGGCGGACCAGCGCGUGCUGAAGGACUUCCUGGCGGAGAAGCUCCCCAGACUGGCGGCUCACUUUGAGGCGUACAGCAUCGACGUGUCUCUCAUCACCUUCAACUGGUUCCUGGUGAUUUUUGUGGAGAGUCUGCCCAGUGACAUCCUGCUGCCGCUGUGGGACGCCUUCCUGUACGAGGGCACCAAGGUGAUCUUCAGGUACGCUCUCGCUCUCUUCAAAUACAAAGAGGACGACAUCCUGAAGAUCCACGACAGCGUGGAGAUGUACCAGUACCUGCGCUUCUUCACCAAGACCAUCUCCGACGGCAGGAGGCUGACCGGCAUCGCCUUCAACGACAUGAACCCGUUCCCCGGCCGCCUGCUGAGGAACCGGCGAGUGUUUCACCUGGAGCGCCUGCAGGGGGAGCUGCGGGAGCUGGAGGAGCAGCAGAGGGAGUUUGUCACGGAGAGCGCCGAGCGGAAAGACAAGGAACUGGACACCAUGGUCAGCGAGGACGACGAGGACCUCUGAUCACUCUGACCGGGCUGUUUUUAUUUCUGUCCGCUGACGGUCGACACACGGCUGCUCCUGCGAUAAGUACCUGAAGAUGCUGCACGGCUCAGCAUCGUCACGUCUGAACGCUAGUUUGAGUUACAGUUUAACUGGUAUUAGCUUUGGAUCGUUGUUAACCGACGCAAACACCUGAAUGAAUACAAACACUGUCGCUCAAACAGAUCAUCACUCCUUCACUGUCACUGACGUACUUCCAUCAGCUGCUGCCUCCAUCGGCUGCUGCCUCCAUCAGCUGCUUCUCUGCUGCUCAGCUGCUGCCUCCAUCAGCUGCUGCCUCCAUCAGCUGCUGGAGACAAUAUUCAGAUAUAGUCGACAUUUACACUCAGUUUGAUGUUUCAGGUGGUAAAAAUAUCUUUCACUGCAUCCACAGCAGGAAAUCACCUAGCUUCAGAAUAAAUGUAAUAAUAUAUAUGUAAUAUAUAUAAUAUGAAUAUAAAAUACAACCUUUUCAAGUUGUAUGUCCCUAACUUCAGCCAAAAUUAGUCAGUUUAGUCUCUCCUCAGUGCAUACUUAAUAAAAAUCCUGACCAGUUUUACAGCAGCCCUUCACCCCUGAUAAAUAACAAACAGUCCCUAUCUCUAACCACCGAGGGAGGCCGGCGCGGUGACCAGGACACCGCAGAACACCGAGUCCAGUUAAAGUCGGACUGAGGUGUUAAAUGAAGAAGGAAAUCGAUUUUUAAUCGAAUUAUCUGGGUGUGUUAGUCUGUUUUCAGAGGCACUAACAUGCAUUUAAAAAGUCCAGUUUUAGUCACAGCGACACAAUAACGCCACUUC